CCCCUAUAAUCUCUGCUAAGAGUACCGGACUGCUGCACAAAUGAUCUAAACAAGUAUGGCAGGGUACUUAAGGUUGUUUACUGCUCUAGACAGUUCGAUGAGUUAUUAUUUAAAUUUCUCGGCGAUUAGAAAAAGCUUACUGUUCUAUCAACCGUGUGUAACAUUCAAGUCACGUGUGAUAGAAAAGAAACUUGGUAUAGCACCCAGGCCAAAGAGGCCAAUGACUCCAUUCAUCGUAUAUGCUAUGUUAGAGAGGCCAAAAAUUAUGAAAGAAAAUCCAGGAUUAGUGCCUACUGCAGUCAUGAAGAAAUUGGCUGAAGGAUGGAAAACUUUCAGCUCAACUGAAAAGGAGGCGCUGAAGAAAACAUACUUGAAGCAGUUAGAGGAUUACACAAAGCAAAUUAUGAUUUACGAUCAGAAUCUAACUGAAGAACAGAAGAGGAAUAUUAAGGCUGAAAAAUUUAAGGCCAUCGAAACUAGUGAGAAGAUGAAAAUGAAGGCGAGAUUGAGAGAACUUGGAAAGCCGAAGAAACCUCCAACGAUGUUCAUUCUCUUCAUGUUGUCCAGAGCUCACACCAAAAGCAAAGACAUGAAAUUCUCGGAGUGGAUGAGUAUUGCUGCUAAAGAGUGGAAUCAAGCCCCUGCAGAUGUUAAAGUGAAGUUCGAAAAUGAAACGACGAAAUUGAUGGAGCAGUACAAAAAAGAGAUGAUUAAUUGGGAAGAAAAAAUGAUUAAAUUAGGUCAUAUUGACGUUGUGAGAAAACAAGUGCUUAUGGAGUUAAAGGGCAAAAGUAUGUCUAAUAUGAAGGCAUAACUGUAUGCAAAUAAGCAAUUUAAACAGCUACCCUAGAACGCAUAUCUCAAAGUUCAGGAAUACUUUUUUUUCACAAUCUUUUGAACUAUUAGAAAGAAAAAAUUAUUAAACUGGUUUUCCUAGCCUGCAAUCACAUACAGAUAUAAACAACAGUGAAUUCGAAUACUUUUAUAUCUCACAAAACAUGUGCAAAUUUAUCCAAUGAUCGAAUAAUUAUAAAGUACUCGUGUUCCACAGGAUAAUGAUAAAGCAUAAUGAGCCAUAGUAAAAUGAUGUAGAUGUUAAUGAGAAAAUGUGGAAAAAUUUUUUCCGUCAUACUUACCGAAACCGAAAGUUCCACGUUACUCUCCAAAUGAUGGAAAGAAAGUGGCCUGCCUAUUCUAUCCCACACAUUUCUGUUAUUUUUGAAGAUCUUCGGAAUAACAUAACCCACGUUCCUCCCGUCAUUCAUAAACAAAAAUAAAACUUUUCAGAGUAGUAAUGACGGAAAAAACCAUGUACACCAAGGAAGGAAAACAGGACAUUUAAACGCGUUUACCACAGACGGGUUAGAAUUCCGUUUUUCUCCCUUGGUGCACAAUAUACGAUUAGAUUGAAA